AGGGUCCAGGUGUGAGCCAUGCUUAAUCCUCGGCUAAGCCUUCGAGGGUCCAAAGAGGCCUGGUUGAAGCGAGGUUCAUGAAGGGAUGGGAAACUUUGCCCUCUGUGGUGAGAAGGGAAAAUGCGGCGAGCAAUGUACCCAGGUGACGAUCUCACAAUCUUUGGAUGGUGGGGUGGAGGAAAUAGUGGUUUGAACCAACGGAGGGUACCUGCAUGGAAGCCGCUUCAGCAGCAAGGUUUGAACGCCAUCGAUCGCAACCUGCUCUUAUUCAGUGCUUCCCAAAAUCUUGCGGCGGUGCGCUGGCUCCUGGUGCUGGGGGCCAACCGCCACGUCACAGAUCAGAAUGGCACCAGCUGCCUCCAUGCUGCCUGCCGAAGCGGCUCCUCAAGCAUUGUGGAGGUUCUGGUGCUCUUGGACACUGAGAGAGGACCUGGCCCUCCCGGGCCAAGCGCUCCGACUGAAGAUGUGGCCACAGCAAGUCAGGAACUCAGAGACGAGGCUGGCUGGAGCCCCUUGCACGUGGCAGCCUUCAUGGGGCGGCAGGAUGCAGUGAGCGUGCUGCUCCGCAAUGGUGCCAAUGCGCAAGGUCUAACCAACAAGGGGCAGCUGGCGGUGGAACUUUGCUCAGAUGUGGCAACGCGCCGUCUUCUGCAGAAAGAGAUGCGGGAGAUCCAUUCGUUUCAUGCCACCGACCGCAUCGCAGGUGCCGAACUGCUGGAGGAGAGGGUUUCGCACAUCCAAGUGGGCGAGAGCCUUGAAAGCCUGGCGCAGGGGCUGCAAGUCGAAGGUGGCUUUGCGAAAUGUCUUCCGUCACCUUCCAGGGAGAUUCGCUUCGAGCCCUUCUUCGUCCCACGCGCGCCGUUGAUUCCAGAUGAAGAUCUGGAGCUGGAGCUGGUGGAAGUUUGUGCAUAUUUGGGCUGCCAAAUCUUUGAGGUUCAGCCGGGUCGAGGCUUAGCCUUCCUGGUGGUCUCGGGCUGCGUGCGCGACUAUCCCAUCGAUUUGGUGAACUUCAUCCGCAGCGCGCGGCUGAACCCGCUGCAGGUGGCCGCCUUCCUCGGGGAGGACUUUUCCUUGGCCAAGAUCUUGCGCAUGGAGUUCCUCAACGCAGUCUGCCUCGUUGAGACGGGGAUCGUGUCCGCCUUGCGAAUAGGCCUUGAGGGUCUUCAAAUGCCGCAGGAUUUGCAGAAGAUGCAUCGCUUGCUGGGCAGUUUAUCUGAGGUCUGGUGGCGCCAGCAGCUGCGCGCCGCGCGCAACGCCUCGCUGGCGAAGAAGAAUUCCAAGCGCGCCGAGCGCUUGGAGGAGACGCCGGUCACGCAGGCUUUGGACGAGGCCGUAGAAGCUACGUUGUCGGAGGUCAAGGGCGCCAGUUUGCGCGCGGUCUUGCCGUCCAUCAACAGCUUGCACCAACUCUUUUUUUCCACGGUGAUGCUGCACUGGAACCUCCACAGUAGCACUCUGCCGGCCUCGCAGAAGCUGAGCUUCCAGGCCUGGUUGGCCUUGAACCGAAGUGGUACCAAGGAGGAUGUGCCAGAGUGGCUACUGGAAAAUGUCUACAGCACCAUCUCCAAGGCUCCAAUUCAGGAGUUAUCCUUGGAUGAGACGCUGUACCAGCAAAGAUCCAUUCACCUGGAGUCAAGCCGGCUGCAUGUGGCCGCCAAAGUGGAAGGAUGGGUCAAGGUCCGCGGGGACGCGCCAGAGCUGCCAACCGUGCCGGGCUUUGCCAAGACCAACUUCGUGGAAUGCAUCCAGAUGACGCAGAUGAUCAGUGAAGCCACUUCAGCUCGACUGACCGCCCGUGCGGCCCUGCAGGACACGACCGAGGAUUCUGCCCUUUGGGUGUCCCUGCGGGGUCCCUUGCUCUUCUUCUGCCGCGAAAACGCGCCACUGAAACCCUUUGCCUUUGUCCAUUUGAAGAGUUGGCUCACUGAUGUCGACCCCGCCAGGUCAACGUUCACCUUGCAGGGCCAACAUGUGGAGGAUGGAAAUUCAGAGAAACUGCAGCUUAUCGUCCUGCUUCCGGACGGUCGAUUUCAAGCCUUUGAUUUCCUGAAAUUCGUCUUCGGCGUGUGCGAUGCCUCACAGCUCGCCGAGUGGAUUGAAGCCCUGACGGCCCUGAAAGAGCCGGACGCGUUGGGGGAAGACAUCCCCGUGUGAGCGAAAAA